GGCUAUGGCUGGAUGCAGCUUCUGCAGGACUAAGUGCUUUGGUGGGAGAAUGUUGCUCUUUUUCCUUUUGACCACCUUCCCGGCAUUCUUAUUAACAGCAAAGAUGUCCCCACUGAUAGAAAAAAUUAGUGAUCAGAAGGACUUCAAGAAGAUCCUGAGAACCAGGAACAAUGUCUUGGUGCUGUAUUCCAAAUCCUCGGAAGCAGCUGAAAGUUCUCUCAGGUUAUUGUCUGACGUAGCCCAAGCGGUGAAGGGCCGAGGCACUAUAUCAUGGAUAGAUUGUGGUGAUUCAGAGAGUCGAAAACUAUGCAAGAAGAUGAAAGUUGACCCUAGUUUGAAGGAGAAAGGGAUAGAAUUACUUCAUUACAAGGAUGGAACAUUUCACACUGAAUAUAACAGAGCACUCACAUUGAAGUCAAUAGUGGCCUUUCUGAAGGAUCCAGAAGGAGCUCCAUUGUGGGAAGAGGAUCCUGAAGCCAAAGACAUUGUACAUUUGGACAGUGAAAAAGAACUUAGAAGGCUUCUGAAGAAGGAAGAUAGGCCUCUGCUGCUGAUGUUCUAUGCCCCUUGGUGUGGAGUUUGCAAAAGAAUCAUGCCAUCUUUUCAGCAGGCAUCCACAGAACUGAAGGGCAUGUAUGUCCUUGCAGGGAUGAAUGUCUACUCAUCUGAAUUUGAAAGAAUAAAGGAAGAAUACAAUGUUCGGGGAUACCCAACCAUCUGCUACUUUGAAAAAGGAAAAUUGCUCUUCAACUUUGAGAAUUAUAGUGCUACAGCAAAGGACAUAGCUGAAUGGCUGAAAAAUCCUCAGCCACCUAAGCCACAGGCACCAGAGGCUCCCUGGUCAGAAGAGGAUAAUGCUGUUUAUCACCUAAAUGAUGAUGACUUCGACAAGUUUUUGAAGGAGCACCCUUCAGUAUUAGUGAUGUUCUAUGCACCAUGGUGUGGGCAUUGUAAGAAGAUGAAGCCAGAAUAUGAGAAGGCAGCAGAGAUGCUCCAUGCUGACAGUGAUAGAGCAAGCGUCCUGGCAGCAGUAGAUGCUACUGUCAACAAAGCCGUAGCAGAAAGAUUUCACAUAUCAGGAUUUCCAACUCUCAAGUACUUUCAGGAUGGCGAGGAAAAAUAUACUCUGCCACACCUUCGAACAAAGAGUAAAAUUAUAGAAUGGCUCCUAAAUCCUCAGGCACCGCCUCCACCUGAACCAACUUGGGAAGAAAGACAAACAAGCGUUAUUCACCUUGCUGGUGAAGACUUCAGGGAAUUUUUGAAGAAAAAGAGACAUGCCCUUGUCAUGUUCUACGCCCCAUGGUGCCCACACUGUAAAAACUCCAUUCCACAUUUCACCACUGCUGCAGAACUCUUUAAAGAAGAUCGAAAGAUUGCCUAUGCUGCAGUGGACUGUGCCAAAGAACAGAACCAUGACCUGUGUAAACAGGAAGGUGUGGAUGGUUACCCAACCUUUAACUACUACAACUUUGGGAGAUUUAUAGAAAAAUAUGAUGGAGACAGAGCGGAGUCUGGAUUUUCCACUUUCAUGCGAAUGCUCAGAGAAAAAGACCAUGAAAGGAUAGGCAAGAGGAAAGAUGAAUUAUAAUUUCUGCCUCAAAAGAUAAUUUCCACUGCACUGUGAAUGGUCUCAGGGCCACUGGUACAUUGCCUGAGAUUUCACAACUUUUAAAAACAGACUUUUUUAUAUACAGCCAUUGCCAUUUUCUACAGUUUUGAAAUAAAAUGAAAUCAUUUGAUUUUUAAAGAAAAACAAAUAACACCAUUGUUGCUAUAUUCUGUUAUGGGGAACAAAAAAAGAGCAUUUCCUCUCCAUUUUAUGCACCUAUGCCCAUUGAUUCUCCUAUGCAAUCUUUUUGUAAUCUGUAGGUUUAAUAGUGAUUUCUGUUGACAAGGUAGUUUCUGCAUUUUGAAUUUUUGAAGAGUAUUAUAUGUGAAAUGAUUUUGGAGAAGAAAAUAAAGGGGACUUUCAAAGGAAAAUGCAAAGGACACUGUCCACCGGGGGCAAGUUCCACUUAAAUUAAUGUACCAUUGUGAAAGAGCAUUUAUGGUCCCUGUGGACUCCACUCGGAGCCUCUUCAGGUGCAGCUAUAGGGCACAAUUGCACAGUGCUUCUUUCUGGAACCAGAUGUGCUUAUGAAACGCACCUUUGAUCUGUGUAGUCCACAUGCAAGGGCAGGUGCCAGUCUGCAAUGUGCCCCCCCUCCCCUGCCUUGACUCUGCGAGAUUAAUGGAAACCUGCAGAGAUAGAGAAGCAAGGGCAGUCUGAAUGGCAGACUCCGCACCAUCAGCACAUGUCAUCUGGGAGCAGUAGGAACUUGCUUUCCCCCACAAAAACAGGGCAUGUGCUUCCAGUAGUACUCAUGAGGAUCACACUGGGAACAUGAGUAAUAGCAACAAGGACAUGCCCUCUACAGUCUUGCAAAAGAGUUGCACCUUUUUAAUUUCUAGAAAGAUUUGGGAACUAAUUUUAAGGUGCUCAGGGAUAAUAGGGAAAUAGUUAAUGAAGACGCAUUGGCCAUUUCAGAUCUUAAUUGACUGUAGUGGUGUCUUUUUUUUAAUCUGCCGUACCUGAACUGUUUACAUAUCUUUAUAGAAUGUAUGGGUUAUUUCAAACAAAUGUCUUUUAAGGCCGGCACUUAUCAAGCACCGAAUGAAUCUCAGUGUAUGUGUUUGCGUUCAUGUUGUCAAUCGCUCCUGUAAACAUAGGGUUGGGUAAUGCAAGGUUCUGUUUCUUAAUUUAUGAUCAGAUCAUAUGAAAAAUGCCUUUUUGCUAAGCACGCUGUUUGACCGUAUGUUUGACAAAGGCAUUGAUAUUUUUGAUAUAAAGAAAACAUCAUGCAACAAUACUUGUUUACGUUCCAAAGGCUUGUCUCUACGUGUUAAAUACAAAGAAGAUAUACUUUUUUUUAGAGUUCUAUAGAAGCAGGUUGUGCUUUUGAAAAUAAUUGUUUAGCCAAGUCAGCUGUGUAAGAAAAUACAGCUUUACUAGGACUAGCUUUUACAAGUGCGUAACAGUGUGCUGGUUCUGUGAGGUGAGAGUGAUUUGGACAUUGUAUCUUCAUGGGGUUUGUUAUAUUUUUUGUGAUUUUUCCAGUUUGAUCAAAAAGAAUAAACUACUGAAAAGA